UGUUGUUUUAUAUAAAAUUUCAAUCCGUUUGUUGUAUUGGAGGACAUUUUAAAAUCCAACAAGUUUUUAUAAUUUUUUAACCUAGCAAAUACUAUCAGAAACGAAGGCUACAUAAGAAGGUUUCCCAAUGCUGCGAAGAAAUGCCACUCGGGUGACAAUCGCAAGUCUCCCCACAGAACCUGCCCCACCUACAACCCCUCCUGUGCGGGUGUUGCGGCAGUCGGAGGACGAGGACAUACCCUACAUCCAGGCUCUGCAGACACCCUUCACUCAGAUCAUGUUCGGCGAGAUCAACCUGAGAAGCUGCAUGGAGAAGUACGUCUGCAAGACCCUGGUCAACACUAACGACGAAGUGGUCGCCUUCCUAGUAAUCAUGGACCAUCCUAACAUCCCAACAUUGUCUCACUGCCAGUGGGUCGGCUGGAUUAGGAGGUUCUACAGAAUAGAUUUUGCUUCGCCCUGGAACACACGUUUCAUCCACUACCUGGUCUGGGAUAAUAGAUACACAAAUAUAUUUCUCUCCUGUUUGAAGUCCCUUUACAAAAACAACGACAAGCUUGAGCAAAUCGUAAUGGUUACUCCACCAGGAGUGAACAUUUUCCCUGAGCUGGAGCCGUUCUUCACUCUGGUGUAUCCCAGUGUCGGGGAGGGUGGAAGAUCGGCUUUGGCACACUUUCAGAAUCUUCACAUCAACCUUAGACACCGUGUACUGUCUAAGUUGACUAUCCGUAGAGCCGGAGAGGAAGACAACAUCGAUGUACAACCUCUGGUGCAUCACCAAUUAAACGUGCUCAAGUACGUCUAUGGUGACAUCAAGUUAGGAAGUAUAAUAGAUGUUAAGAGCUCCAGUAAAGUCGUGCUGGUGUCGGAGAAAGGUUCAGCGACGGUCGGGGUUAUAUCUUUAUCGUCUAAAGUUGACUAUCACCAUAUCAACUUCUUUUUCCAUCACGUAUUUGAGACUAAAGCCACAGGUUCUUCUGCGGAACGCGGGGUUCGCAUGGAAACUAUCCGAUCGGAAUGCAGACGAGGUUUACCAUUCACAGCAGACACUAUGUUGGCAGAUGAACAGCUGUCUAUGGAGUUGAAAGUGGACAAGUCGUUCGAAGACACGUCAGUUGAUGAAGAUGAUGACCGCGACGAGAUGACGAUCGUCUAUUGGGACGAAGACGGUGAUAUGUUCAGAGUGGUAGACCCUGUAAUGGAGUAUCUUCUACACAAAGAAUCACAUGGAUCUGUACUGAGGCUGCAAGAUGAUGAUCGUAAAGAAAGCACAAAGUCCAAGAUUUCGAUUGACCACACGUACUUUGGGCGGCCAAGCUGGUCUAAUAGUUUUCUGCCUAUUACCAGAGAGGCGUCCCUCUCUUUACGGGACAAGGUGACCAUGAGUGGAAGAGACCAAACGGUAAGUAGUAUAGACACGCCAACUGAGAAUGCUUUUAUAAUAACGUUGUUAGCUCUUCAUCCGGACUUGGACGCUCGGUACGCGUUUGAUCUACUUGAAGCAUCAUUCGAGAGUUUUCCAGACAAACAUUUCUGCUUGUUAUCGUUACCUACGGCUUAUCAGGGAUCCCCUUUGACAAGAUAUAUGGUUAGAGUGUCGCCAAAGCUGUUAUGGGACUUUCCUCAUGAGCUUUACUUUAUACACCGUAACGCAAUGUUUAGCGAGUUUAACGUUAGACCAGUGACCGUCGUAGAUCACGCUGACAUUCAGGAACUAGUUGAACAUUUUUCAAACGGGAAAAAAAUAUGUAAAGAAAUUACAAAAAUUAUUCUUUGUGAAAGUCCAAAUACUAAAGGGUUUGUUCUAGAAUGUGAAGGAAGUACUGUUGGUGUCGCAGUGGUUAAAAGUAAUUUUGAACUAAACAAGAUACAGCCACAUUUUAUGGUAGACAAAGUGAUAAAUAUAACCCUAUAUGAUCAGGAGAAACACGGGCUUAUCAGACAUUUAGUAUUAUGUCCGAUCUUCCUCAAGAGUGGGCCAUUUUUUCUUCGACAAAUUAUGCACCAGGCUGAAUUAGAAACAUUAAGCUAUUUUCUUCACCACGAGGAAACAAAUAGCUUAUUGCAAAGUGAUGCCAAUUCGAUUUCAGUUUUGGGUGACUUGACGCCAGUAAAGCCACGGAGGUGGGUUAAGUAUGAGCUCAGUGCACUAGAUGAGCUUAAACCCCAAGAACAUGUUUUGCGUUCGGAAAACGACUAUGCUCUCUUUAUUGCAACCGAGAAACUUUUGAGUGUUCCAAAACUUGAACUAAACUACAGGAUAGUUGUCGUCGGAGGGUCAAUUACGGCCAUGUCUUUUCUAGAAAAUUUAAUCUUCAGAUCUGCUCGGAAACAAAUAAAAUAUAACAAUCUAGUUUUAGUCUCAAUUCACGGAUUCCCCCUGGAGUUACAGUCCCACACUGCGGCAGACAGAAUGGUUCCUCAAGGUGGUUUCUACACGAGGGAGUACUUAUCCAGGAUCAGUUUGUCUACUCACGUAAAUGUGCUGUACGGGGCUCUCACUGUCAUCAACCGAAUGGAGAAGAUGAUCUGCCUCAACAACGAACACUGGAUGCGCUACGACUACCUAUUUCUUACGACAGGCUUGCAGUUCGUUAAACCUUGGCCGGUCAUGACCCCUUCUGAAACCAACCACACAUCCACCUGCCAAACCAUAUCUUACAGCUCGGACCUAGGUUCUUGUUUUACGGGGGACCAGGAUCUCCCUAACCACGACUGCCGCAAGAACGAGGACUUGCGAGAAUUGUACAACAAUGUCUCUAAACAGCAUGGAGAAAACCUAUUCGUCAUAAAUACAUCAGCAGACGCCAUCUUAGCUCUCGGUCACCUCAAAAACAUUUUAAAGCACAAAACAGAUGGCAAAAUACUCGUUUUUGGGCAUGGUCUGAGUACAUUCACGUGCGUUCAAUCACUGCUAAUUUUUGGUGUACCUGGUCACAAAAUAGUACUAGUUAUCGCUCCACACGUCGUUACCAACUACAGCUGUCUAGAGACUAAUCCGUUCGUGGAUAAAACUGUGGCACAGACAUUGGAAGAGCUUGGAGUGACUAUACACAGAGGCUUUUCACUAAUUCGCUGGAGUCUCAAGCACAAGCUAUUAGAGAAAGUGAUGUUUCGAAACAUCGACAACGUUCCUCUGACAAUUGAUUGUAUUGCCUUCUUCUGCUACGGAUCCAGGAGUACCAAUGCGAAAACAUUCUUGGCGGUGAAUGACUCAGGGAUCGUGUACAACAAUGGUAUAAUCAUUGACAACCGAUUUCGCACAAACGACGAGUAUAUUUACGCUGCUGGAUCUGGCACUCGGUAUAGUAACAGAUACAGUCCGAACCAGUUUUCUCAUCAUAAAUAUUACAAUCCCGCCGAGAUCGGUCUGGUGCUGAGUAAGACCUUCCGACGUUUAGUAGAACCACGCGCUGAAGUUAACAAAGAACUCGAUGAUGUGCCUCAAAUCUUAGAAGAGAACGUCUCUUCCUGUUCAGAGAAAGCAGACAUUUCUCCAUCUCCAGAAACUCUGCCUAGGCUCCGCGAACCAGUAACAUGGGUCGCUCAGCUUCCUGGAGGCUGGAAUUACGUCAAGGUCACAGCUCCUGGACGUCCGCUACCGCUGGAAUGUCAGCUCUCCGGGCAAGGGGACUCUGGACCCGUUAUCAUCACGGGAGUCCCAAUCCUACCUGACGGUCCGGGAUACUUUCAACUCUCAUUUUCCAUCUUCAACACAGUCCGUGAAAUAGUUUUACUUUCAAAGAAGGAGAUACCUUACCAGAACCUAUGCCAGCUGUACGGGAAACACGAACGGCUCUUGAACAACUUGUACGAGCUUUACAACCAAGGCCUCAUCAGUGACUUGUACAGCUUCUUCGGUCAGCCGUGGGCGUACGCGCUGUACACCACUGGGUUCAACAAGCUAACAAGGCAGUGUGCUGAGUUCUUCGUCAGCAGUGACGUCGUCAGUUCACCACCUCUAAAGGACCUGCAACCCGAGGAGCUGCAUAGGUUGAUAAAAGACCGAGAAACUAUAAACUCGCGGUACUCGACCUCCUCCAUCCCCUUGUACGUGGAUCAUCUGGUCCUGAGGUACGUCAGAGAGCGACCACAGCAGCUGCCCAUGUACUUCACAGACGCCACUCUAGCUUUGAGUCGCUCCGCUCUAGCACACAGUCCGCUCCAUAGAGACCCCACCAAGCUGCGUCGGAAGACCAAGACUUCUUCGAUUCUGAACUGACUGUUGUUUCGAAACGAACUGUCUAAAAGAUUAUUUGACUAAAGUUCGUAAAAUUAUUGGGUCCAUUAGGGUAAAAAAUGUGUAAUCUUAUAAAAGACGACACUCGCCGUCCUAGUGAUGGAAGUGAGCUUCUUUGGAAGAAAUUUAAACAUCAACGUUUCCUAGGCUAAAGCUAAAGUACAGCGUUUUAGUUCCCCAACAAUAAAGAUUUUAGCCUGACAAUGGGAAAUAUUCUAAAUGUGAAUUUUUUUGGUGCUUAGUAUAUUUUAUUGGUUUAGAAAAUCUGUUCUUUUCAUUGCGCUAAAAUAUACUGUAAUAAAUAAUACUUGUGCUAAAAUAUCAGUUGUA